GGCCAAGAAAAGUCUAUUACUCCUUUCCCGCAGGACGCAACCACCUUUAGAAUCCAUACUUUUCAUAAUAAAUGUGAAUUAUGAAAAGUGGAUAACAAAUAAAAACUGUAUAACAAUUCCCAGAUAUAAAACCAUCCCCAUCUACUAUCUACUAUAUUAAAUAAAAUAGUAAUAGGAGUUCAGAAUAUAAGAGAAAGGUAAGAUGGCUGGUGAAUCCAUCACCCUUUCUAAAAGAGAAGUGUUCAAGAAGAAAGAGAAGCAAAGAUCAAAAACCCGCAGGUUCCCGAGAGUUAUCGGCUCUAACAAGCCAUCAUCUUCGAAGCCGAGACAAUCACUAUUAAAAUCACGCUUCUGUUGUGGUUAUACCGAUCCAUCCAGCUCAAGUGGUUGCUCAACGCCAGAUGAACAAGGCCUUGUACAACAAAUGCCAGACUUCAUCAUGGCCAGCUCACCAUCAUCCUGUCAUGACAUCAACACAUACAAUGUUCAGUCUGCAGCUCUUGAUCGCCAGGGAAAGGUUUUAGGCGAAACUAAUCCCGUGGAUUGUUUGGAUUCACGAUCAGUGAACCAGGAGAACAAAACCAACAAGAUGAAGAAUUUCCGAAGCACGAAGUCAUUUAGGAGAAAGGGGAGAUCAAGAAUCAUGAAACAGACAAAACCUUUAUUGGAUGAAACAGAAACAACAUCAGAAUCUUCUGCAACUGAUAUAGUAGAGGCUCAAGGGAAGGAAGGAAUUUCUAAGGAAAGUCAUCAUAUCUCUGGAUCUACUAGCUUUGAAGCUAGUUUUCAUUCCCAUGAAAAUAAGGGAUUAUCUGAUCAUAAAUCUUUGGAGAUUCUAAUGAGGACAUCUAGCUUGAGGAAGCCUUCUUUCAGGUGUUCUAAGGUCAAAAUUGCAGAUAAGCCUACUUGCUCUUCCACCAUUAGAAAUUCAAAGUUCCCUAGAAAUCCUUCACUGAAACUGGGGAAAUCUGAAUCAGAUAUACUUCAAGUAUAUAAAGUUUGUCCGUACCACCAUUGUUCUCUUCAUGGGCAUAUUCAAGAUUCAUCAACCUCAUCAAAGCGGCGUGGCAUGGUAAGAAAAUCAACGAAAUUGAAGAAAAACCUAAAGCAGUUAACCGAAACUAACAUGGAUGGAAAUCCUGAUUCUGAAGCUUCCAACAAGAGCCUUCUUCCACCUGACAGUCAGAAAGACAAGCAAAUGAGCAUGUGGAACCUCAUUCGUAGGCACAUGUCUUCAUCUCUUGCUGCAGAAUCCAAAAACGUAGAAAUUUCUGGAUUAAGAGCUGAUUCUUUUGGAGAAGAAACUGCCACUUUGGAUCAGGAUGAAAAGGUUCUUGCUGUUAAACUUGUACGAGAAGCGAUAGAGAGAAUUCUUCUUCCAGAGGUUAGUGACAUUGCACCAGACCAAGAACCAGUCGAAAAGAAUUAUCAUAGUGAAGGUUCUGCAGACAUAAAAAAAGUGGAAAACUACAAUGCACCUUCUGGUUCAGAAGAGAUGAACACCAUAGCUACUGAUAAUUAUGAAGGUCAACAUACAGAGGGAUCAAAAGAAAAGGUUCCAAAUAUAUCUAACAGGAAAGCGCCAAAACAGUGGAGUAAUCUGAAAAAAUGGAUCCUGCUCCAACGCUUUACCAAGGAAUUGGAAAGAGUAAGAAGGCUAAACAAGAGGAAGUCAAGGAAUUUGCAGGUAGAGCCUGGUCUUGAAGCAGAAAAGGUUCAUUUGAGACAUCAAACUGUGGAGGAGAAGAAACGGGCAGAAGAAUGGAUGCUUGAUUAUGCACUUCAGCAAGCAAUGCGUGAACUCGCCCCAACUCAGAAAAGGAAAGUGGAACUACUAGUAAAGGCAUUUGAAACCAUGGUUCCUCUCGAAGGAGUUCAGAGUAUUCAAUUAGCAUUUCCCAAGCUCGAAAGCAACGGCGAAGCAGAUGAUGCCAUUUGCAAGGCUCAGAACCUCAAUAAGGAAGCAUCUACAGAGUCUGUACCAACACAGUCUGUACAACAGCUUCAGGAAUUACAUGGAGGAUAUCCCAAUAAUGAUGCUAGAGGCAAAGCACAGAUGGGAAAUCAAAAUUACAUUGCCAUGUGGCAUAUGGUCUCUCAACAUGUUCUGUCAGGCAUUGCGUCAAACACUAAAAGUGCGCUGCUUGAUGAAACAGAUGAUGAAUCCGAAGGGAGCAUCACUCUGGGAGAAGCAAAAUCCAGACUUCCUUGUGAUGAAGAAAAUCAUGAUCUUGAUUCAAGCUGUCAGAAAAGAAGCUUUAACAGAGAUGACGCCAUCAAACUCGUCAGAGAGGCAGUAAACGAGAUCCUCAUAACACAAAUUCAAGAUGAUACUUUUGACGCAAAUUCGGAUCAAACUCAUAUGAGUUCGGGAGAGAAGAUUUCGGAAGAAAAUGAGUUAGUAGCCAAAGGAAAAGAAUCGGGAACUGAUAAUCUCAUUGAAAAUGAAGAGAUCAGAGAACCAUCACUAGCUAAGAAAGAAGAGGUAGUUGAAGCAAAGCCUGAACUGCAGAAAUCCAAUAAGUGGGGUAAGCUGAAAAAGCUUCUUAUUCUAAAGAGAUCAAUCGUGGCCCUGGAAAAUGCUAGGAAAAUCAAAUUCCAGGAACCACUACAUCUGUCACUGAUGCCUAAUCCAGAACCAGAAAGGGUUGAUCUAAGGCAUCAGAUAAUGAAUGAGAGGAAAAAGGCCCAACAAUGGAUGCUUGAUUAUGCAGUGCAGCAUAUUGUGACUUCACUCACUCCUGCCAGGAAGAGAAGGGUGGCAAUGCUAGUGGAAGCUUUUGAAGCUGUUGUUCCAUUUCCAGAUAAUCUAAGCAAAUAAUAAAAUAUCAACAAUUAUGGAAUUCAUAUCUUAGUUUUGAGGCUUUAAGUGAAAUUGUGAAAGCAAAUACUACAGGAAUUCUUACUUAUGGUAUUGAUUGUUUUGUUGGUUUGAACAGAUUGCAUAUCAUUUUAUUUUUUAAUUUUCAAUUACUC